AUGUCUGAGCAAAUACCUUCGGCACCUGGACCAUCGACACCUCUCAAGAGUUCGUACACAUAUCAUUCGCCGACGCCCACAGCUGCUGGUCCAUAUAUUCUUGGGGUGGACGAAGCAGGACGAGGGCCGGUCCUAGGCCCUUUGGUGUACGGAGUCGCGUAUUGUCCAGUGUCGUAUCAGGAGGAAAUGGAGCAGUUAGGUUUCGCAGAUUCCAAAACACUGAACUCUGCGACGCGAUCUGGGUUGCUUGACAUCCUCAGUUCUGAUCCUUCAAAUCUAGGAUGGUCUGUGCGAGUGGUUAGCCCUCAAGCAAUAUCCAGCGGUAUGCUUCGUCAUCCACCAGUGAACCUCAACAAACAGUCCGAAGAGGCCACGAUUCUGCUCAUCCGGGAGGUCUUAGCCAAAGGCAUUGUGCUUUCAGAAGUCUAUGUAGAUGCGCUGGGCAAUACAACAACAUACGAGAAAUAUCUUUCGUCAUUAUUCCCAGAAAUCAGCUUCACAGUGACGCAAAAGGCCGACUCCAAGUUCAAGAUUGUGGGCGCGGCCAGUGUAGCCGCGAAAGUGACAAGAGAUGCAUGCGUCGAAGGAUGGUAUUUUGAAGAAAAGGUCGAGGGAAAGGAGGAGCCAUCGUGGAUGUCAGCUGGUCUUGGAUCCGGAUACCCGUCAGAUCCUAACACACAAGCAUGGCUGAAAACGGCCAUGGAUCCCGUCUUUGGGUUUCCAAAGAUUGUACGCUUUUCAUGGACGACUGUCAAAGUAAUUCUUGACAAAAGUGCCCACCCUGUCAAAUGGAUUGACGAAGGGCAAGCUUCGUUGGUCAAGGCAUUCGCAGGCGGAAGUGAAGCAGACAAAGGUCGCUGUGCUGUCACUAAAGACCUACAUAUCAAGAGCGUUGAUACCCUCUAA